AUGGGUAGGCUUGCACCAUUAUCAGAAGAACCUUUCAAUGAAGAAAAUGAAAGAAGAAACAAUAACUCAAAGAAAGGUUUUCAGUUAUGGAUGAACUGGAAUUGGAUCAAGACCCAUUUUUCUUUUGUUUUCCACAAGAAAUCUAACCUCAAGAUGCUUCUUAGUGUUCUUGGUUGUCCACUUUUUCCUGUUCCUGUUCAUACUAAAUUACCCCUUAAUGAGGUUUCGUCUUCGGCCCAGUAUAUUAUACAACACUUUACAGCUGCAACAGGGUGUAGGAAGUUGGAGGGGACAGUGAAGAAUGUGUUUGUUACUGGAAAAGUGACAAUGGUUGUUGUGGAUGAGCGUUAA